AUGAGUUUCCUCAGCUCGGUUCUCUCGUCUAUCGAGACGGGAACUCCAACCUCACUCCCGAAAAUAACCCCGCAACCGAGCACAUCCACCGUUUCCACUACGGUCACCAAGUCUGAACCUAGAAAGUUGACACCUUCAGCGCCUACGUCUAAUCGGCCUACCAGCAGUAAUAUCUCAGCGGGAAUUAAGCGGAAAGCUGAGGAACCACUUCGACGACCCGAAAAAACAUCGUCGACACCAAAUGGCAGUGAUGUGAAGGCACGACCCAAGGCACCAUUGCCUGUUCGGCCUGCAGUCGCGAAAAAGUCUACCCCGCCGGCAGUACCCGCGAAGCCGCCUCCAAAAGGAUCUUUUGCAGAUUUGAUGGCCAAAGCCAAAGCAGUGCAGAAGGAGGCACCCAAAGUUGGCGUAUUGAAGCACCAGACGGCUUUGCCAAAGGGAAAGAUCAGUAAAACAGAGAUCAAGAGGCGUAUGGAGGCGGCCGCCAAAGGAAAAGAAGCAGCACGCUCAGGGAAACGACCUGGAGUCAGUCCGGCUCCGAACACAGGAAAGAAAAUUGAUGCAAAGCCCGGCGUUGAUACUGGCGCUAAGAAGCGAGAACUUGACGAGAAUGCUUAUAAAGGGACAUCCCGUUCAGCCCAACCUUCCUCAUACAAGGGAACGGCAAACUUGCCAGCGAAACACAAGGAUGCAGAUCGUCGUCGGGCUCCUCGCCGCGAUGAAUAUCUAGGUACUGAUGAGGAAGACGAAGGCGACUUUUACGAUGAUUAUGAAGAUUAUUACUCCGACGCAUCCUCAGAUAUGGAGGCCGGAUACGGAGACAUGGAGAAAGAAGAGUUUGCGGCUCUCCGUGCUGCUCAGAAAGAAGACGAAGAAGAUAUGCGGCUGGAAGCGGAAGCGAAGAGGGCGAAGAUGGAAAGGAAGCAGAAGCUGACUGCGCUGGCGAGAGCGAGGCGUUAG